AACUGGUGGCACCCAUCUGUGACUUUUUGGGAAAGGAGAGACAAUGUGUAGUGUUUGGUUGUCACUGCCUGUCUUUUAAACAAUUGGAACAGCCACACAUGCGCAGAAACCUUCCUUGGAUGUUAUUGUUAUCAUUAUUUUGAAUCAUUUGUAUUCCCAGGCUUUCAAAACUGAGACAUGCAGGUAAUUUUGAUUUGCGCUAUAUCAAGGUUGCAGUUUCAUGUUUUUAUUUUUGUAUUAGUUGCUGUGUGGCCCGUAAGUGAAACAAAGGCUAUUCCUAGAUGGUUUUCAUUACACAAUGCACGCUGGGUCCAUUAAUGUCAUUCUCACGCGUGGAUUAGUGUUCUUCGUCGACCAAAAAGCUUGGUGGGAAUUAUGGAUCCCUAAAAGAAAAGGUAGAGUACGCGCGCGCACUCCACACUAUGAGUUCACCAAAUUUACGCACACGCGUUCACCAAUACACAUGUAGACAAGUGCAAUUGACAGGAAUCGCCUAUUUCAUGCAUGUCAAGGGUAAAUUAUUUUAUGUUUAGCGAAAACUCCAGCGAGAUAUCCAAGAGUUGUCAGCAUUGCGUCAUACACGCACGAUUAGAUAGAUGGUCUGACGUCGCCGUGAGCCAUUCGCUCAAAAAUAAAUCAAUCCGUGGAACGUUUUCAAAUGGGAAUCGAUCGUUUCAAAGCUAGAGCGGGCACCAGUGAAUAAAUCCAGGUUUACGCGUACGUGGUGAAAUAAGGCACCAUGCCAACCUCGUGCGUAAAUUCACAUUUGAUCGUACCACAUUGUAAUCCGCCGCACACGUGAGGGACAAAUCGCUUCAUAUUUCUCGUUCGCGUGGACCUACGCGGCCACACACUGAACCCGAUCGCGACAAAGUGAGCAGGCUGGCUGGAUUACGUGCACAGAGGACUCUUGGAAGGACGCACGCACGCACACGCGUCUGAAUGAGCGCGCGUCACCCCUCUUGUCACCCCACGCAGACUGUUCCACGUGUUGUGUAUCCCGCCGGUUGACAAAGGCGCCCCAAAUUGCCCAACACACAUCAGCAGGGGGGAUUCUGUCACGUCCAGCAAAUGUCGAAGAAACGGAAAAGUCUUGACGAUCUGGGAUUCGAGGAGUCUUCCCUGCAAGGAUGCAGUGAUCAAGGCUUGACAGAUGAGAAAGUGAAGGCCUACCUCUCUCUGCACCCGCAGAUGCUGGAUGACUUUGUGCUAGAGAGUGUGAGCGCCGAGACGUUGGACAGAUGGUUGAAGAGGAAGACCAGCAGCAGGCCUGCAGAUGACACAUCAUCUAAAGAGGUCAGCAGGCAGUACCAGGAUGCAAACAUGCAGGGUGUGGUGUAUGAACUCAACAGCUACAUGGAGCAGCGCCUGGACACUGGAGGAGACAACAAGCUGCUGCUCUAUGAACUCUGCAACAUCGUUAAAACAGCAACAAAAGCUGAUGGAUUUGCACUUUACUUUUUGGGAGAAUGCAACAAUAGUUUAUUGUUGUUCACCCCAACGAGGAUCAAGGACGGUCCCCCAAGCCUUGUUCCUUCUGGCCCCAUCGCAUUUGGGACAACCAUUGCAGCUCAUGUGGCCAAGACUCGCAAAACACUCCUAGUGGAAGACAUCAUGGGGGACGAGCGCUUCCCAGAUGGCACAGGGCAGGACUCAGGGAUCCGUGUUCAUUCUGUCUUGUGCCUCCCCAUCCUCACUGCCAUCGGGGACCUCAUUGCCAUCCUGGAGCUGCGUCGGCACUGGGGAAAGGAGCCCUUCAACCUCAGCCACCAAGAGGUUGCAACUGCAAACUUAGCGUGGGCCUCAGUUGCCAUUCAUCAAGUACAGGUGUGCCGAGGCCUCGCCAAACAGACUGAGCUCAAUGACUUCCUACUAGAUGUGUCAAAAACAUACUUUGAUAAUAUUGUGGCAAUAGAUUCUCUACUUGAACACAUCAUGAUAUAUGCAAAAAACCUGGUGAAUGCCGACAGAUGUGCACUCUUCCAGGUAGAUCAAAACAACAAAGAACUGUAUUCUGACCUGUUCGAUAUCGGUGAGGAGAAAGAAGGCAGGCCGGUCUUUAGGAAAACCAAAGAAAUUAGGUUUUCUAUAGAGAAAGGAAUAGCUGGUCAAGUGGCUCAGACAGGGGAAGUCUUAAAUAUCCCAGAUGCCUAUGCAGAUCCGCGGUUUAACCGAGAGGUGGACCUGAAAACAGGUUACACCACGCGGAACAUCCUGUGCAUGCCCAUCGUGAGCAGGGGGACUGUUAUUGGAGUAGUGCAGAUGGUGAAUAAGUUAAGCGGUAGUGCCUUCACUAAAACAGAUGAGAACAACUUCAAGAUGUUUGCUGUCUUCUGUGCCCUGGCCUUACACUGUGCAAAUAUGUACCAUCGAAUUCGCCACUCUGAAUGCAUUUACAGAGUGACAAUGGAAAAACUGUCUUACCACAGCAUCUGCACCUCAGAAGAAUGGAAAACCCUCACUCAGCUCAACCUUCCCACUCCCAUUUAUAAAGAGAUCGAAAUGUUUCACUUUGACAUAAGUCCCUUUGAGGAGAUCUGGCCUGCAGUUUUCAUCUAUAUGGUUCACAGCUCCUGUGGAAAGACCAGCUUUGAGCUGGAGAAGCUGUGUCGAUUCACUAUGUCUGUACGCAAAAACUACCGGCGUGUGCCCUACCACAACUGGAAGCACGCCGUGACCGUGGCCCACUGUAUGUAUGCCAUCCUACAGAAGACCCCUGAAACCUUCACAGAGCUUGAGAAGAAGGGACUCUUGAUAGCCUGCCUUUGUCAUGAUCUGGACCAUCGAGGGUACAGCAACACUUAUCUGCAGAAAUUUGACCACCCACUGGCUGCUCUCUACUCCACCUCCACCAUGGAGCAGCAUCACUUCUCUCAGACUGUCUCCAUUUUGCAGCUGGAAGGGCACAAUAUUUUCUCCAACCUGAAUUCCAGCGAGUACGAACAGGUGCUUGAGAUCAUCCGAAAGGCCAUCAUCGCCACGGACCUGGCCCUUUACUUCAAUAACCACCAGCAACUGUCAGAGCUUCUCACCUCAGGUGGUCUCAACUUUAACAACCUUUCACACAGGGACCGUGUGAUUGGUCUGAUGAUGACAGCAUGUGACCUGUGUUCUGUAACUAAGCAAUGGCCGAUCACACGACUCACAGCCAAUGACAUCUAUGCUGAAUUCUGGGCCGAGGGAGAUGAGAUGAAGAAGAUUGGGAUGCAACCCAUUUCAAUGAUGGAUCGAGACAAGAAGGAUGAAGUCCCUCAAGGCCAAGUGGGAUUCUACAAUGCUGUAGCAAUUCCAUGUUAUACGACUCUCGCAGAUCUUUUCCCUCCAUCCAGUCCACUUCUAAAAGCCUGCAACGAGAACUUGAGCCAAUGGGAGAAGAUCGUGCACGGUGAGGUGGAGGAUGUCGUUCCUAGCCGGCCUUCCGAUUCAGGACCUGUCAAAGUGGACAACUGACUACCAAAGGGUUGACUGCUUAUCAUAACAAGUUCAAACUGAACCUUGCCACAGUUAUGAAGCUUUUUUUAGGGGGAGUGGGGGGGAGCAGGAGCUGGAUCAGCAAAAUGGCGCCCUGACUUAACAAAAAACACAAGUUACCUCAAUGGGUGACGGUCGACGGAGGUGUCAAUGCUGAUGGUUUUACCGAUCCCAGAGACUGACUGACAGCUAACGGGGAGGAACUAAAAUUCAUCAUCCUCCGUUUGGGAAUUUAUUUGUUAGAAUGGAUUUGUGCCAUUUUGGUUGUUUAUGUGUUAUGUUUUUAUUAUUAUUACUAUCUUAUUAUUGUUAUUCUAAUUAUUAUUUGAGUUGAUUCUUUGUGGUCUUGUAUUUGAGAGGCCUUACAAUGAACCUUUCACAAGGAGGUAAUGUGAAACCUUGUUGUGCGGGUUCAUAUCCUUUUCAAAUGGUACUGUUUGCCUUCUGUGGUAAAUGAGUCAAUACUACUUCAGCAAGGUAUUCAGAGACAGAAGGAAUGUGUAGUACAUUGAACAUGCAUGGUGUAACAAUGCCACCUUAUAGAUGGGGGGACGUCAGAAUGUUUUUUUUCCUUUCUUACUUUUGAGCAAAUAUCCUUUGCAGUACUUGAAAAAAGA